ACAACGUUCACACGAUCUCCUCGAGCUCUAGGUAUCUCACCUUCCGACAUUAAAUUUAUAGGUAUAUGUCUUUAGAACCAGCUCCGAACCACUCAGUGAGCCACUUGUCCAAGUAUGAUGAGGUUCCCCAUGAACUGCAGAGAGCCAUGCUGCGGCUCAACUUCCCAUCUCUCUAUGUCCCUGCAUGGAAUAAAUGUCGCAAUGGAGCCCGACGAGGACUGAUAUGCGGGUUUGCCUGGAUGUGCACAUCAUACAAGAUUCAGCGCCGCAUCAUCAACACUAUCCUCACAAACCCCUCCUCCAUCUUCUCUGUGCGCUAUAUAACACGAUUCACGGAAACCGCAGACGAGCUAUCUCACGAGACGCUCCUAGGGUUCAAGUUGCCUUUCAGCAUAUCUACAUACGUCGUGAUACUAUUAGUAGGAUCGCAAGUCACGGCCAUCAUCAGCUUCUUUGUCGCUCGCAAUAUUCGCAUCGCCCGUCAACGCGCCUGGGAUCAAACGGUUGCCUCGCGCGGCAAGGGGCCCGAUUUCUGGCAGCCAUAUGUUGAAGAAUGGGAUUUUCCACCCAUUGUAAACGAACGUCUGGGUCGUCUAGAUAGAAUGUUCAAGAUGUGGUUCUGGAGAAUGAUCAUAAAGAAAGUCAUCCUCCUCCCGCUUUCACUGUAUCCAUUUGUCGGCACGUUCAUCGCGGCAGCUUUCAAAGGCGUGAGCACUGCUCAGGACUUGCACAAGCCGUACUUCGCCGCAAAAAAGAUGACACACCAUCAGGAGGCUGUAUUUAUCGAGGAGCGUAAAUGGGACUAUCGAAUGUUUGGUUUUGUCGCAGCGCUACUUGAGGGUCUGCCAAUCAUAGGUCUUGUCUUCACAGUAUCAAAUCGCAUUGGAGCUGCUAUGUGGGCUCAUGAUUUGGAAAAGCGUCAGCACUACGUUGCGGCGCAACGUCGAUGUGACGGACACAUGUCGGUUGUAGGUCAUAGCAAUGCUUAUGAGGCCGUGCACAUGUAGAUUUUGCUAGUUGUCGAGUCAUCUUGUAACAUGGACCUUGCACC